AUGCGUCUUCUGAAGAUCAACCAUGAUGGCAACUUCGGCCUCACCAAGUUCGGACCUAACGAUAUUCCUCCAUACGCCAUUCUCUCGCACACAUGGGAAGCAGACAACCAGGAGCUCACUUUCCAAGAAAUGAUGACUGGAACCGGAAGAAGCAAGGCAGGCUACAGAAAGAUUCAGUUCUGCGGAGAUCAAGCAAAGAAAGACGGUCUGGAGUACUUCUGGGUAGACAGCUGUUGCAUCGAUAAAACAAGCAGCGCUGAGCUCUCUGAAGCUAUCAACUCCAUGUUUCGCUGGUAUCAGAAUGCCGUCAAAUGCUACGUCUAUCUCUCCGAUGUGUCAAAAGGCGAUAUUAUACGCUCCGGGCCCUCUCAGCUUCUAGGUAAUUCAGCUUUGGGCCAGAGCAGGUGGUUCACACGAGGUUGGACACUUCAAGAGCUUCUUGCACCACUAUCAGUCGAGUUUUUUUCAAAAGAGGGCGAAUCGCUUGGCGAUAAGAAAUCCCUAGAACGGCUACUCUCCAAUACUACUGGUGUGGCGGUCAAGGCACUUCAAGGAACUCCUUUGUAUGAGUUUAGGACCUAUGAACGAUUAUUAUGGGCGGUAAAACGACAGACAACAAUCGAAGAAGAUCAAGCGUACUGUCUGCUGGGUAUAUUUGGUAUACACAUGCCGCUUAUUUAUGGUGAAGGAGUAAAGAAUGCAUCGAUUCGGCUUGGAGAGGUGAUCGGCAAGCGUUAUGGCGUCAAAGAUACAGGACCGCUACCACAACUCCCAGGUAUGCUCUCUCCGUUGUUAGUACGCUCUUGGGCUUGCAAUUGA